AUGGUGACGAAGAUCGGAGAGCUGAUGGAUUGCGGGCUGGCACUGAUGGCCGGGGGUCAGGUACGAUUUAUGGUUGAGAAAGAUGAGCGUUGGGAGAAGCGCUGUAUUGGACCAGAGACGACAGAGACUGGAGCAUUUUUGAACGGUGACGAGGUAUGCACGGAUGAAAUUGAAUCGAAAAGUAAUGGUGUAUUUACAACGCAUGUGCGGUUAGAAGAAGCGAGGCUUGCAUAUCAGUUUGGUGUACCACUGCAAGAGUUUGAACAUGUAGAGCAGACGCUGACUUUCAUGGGUCAUUCUCUUGAAAGCCUACGAACAAGACUCGGAGGAUGGGUGAAGGGAAACGAAGAUGCACAGGCCAGGGCUUGGAGACCUGUUUUGUUUAAAAGUGGAGAAAGGAAAACAAUGUGGGAGAAAGUCGGGGGUCUGUCUGCAGAGCUGUCACAAACGGUUUGUGAGAGAGGUGAGAAAUGUGUUCUGAAAGAUCGUGGGGUCCAAUCGCGGUUGGUAUGGGAGUUGCAAAACAUUGUUCGAGAGGGAAUGUGUGGAGCUGAAGGGUGCCCGAGUGCGAUACGGGCAGUGGCACUAUGCCUACUUAGUUUCCCUGCGAUCGAAGUGACAAGGAUGGAAGGUGGGAUUGGAGGGGCUGGGGAGCAACAGAGGUCGAGGGAAGCGGGAGAAGUGGAGAUCAAGCAAGGAGAGAGCUGUGUGACUCUCGUAUUGGGAAGCGGGGAAGAAGCACAAGACCAGACGGGCAGGAUCAAGACGGUUGAGUUGACCAUAACGGCGAUGUGCGCCCCGCAACAGACUAAGCUCGAUGUUCGACUCCAGUACACAAGCGAGCAUGUGCAUGAAGUGAGUGUACGGUUACGUCGUGGGGAAAAUGGUGCAGAGGGGGUGUUCGAGUGGGAGUGGUGGCGAGAUGCGGCGAUGGGGCGCAUGGAGGGCCUAAAGCGAUGGCAAGAGAAUCACGAAAUGGAAGCAGUGGAAUUCCGUACGUCUAGACUCCCAAUAGACUCUGGUUUGCGGAUUGUGGAUUCAGCGGUAAGGGAGAGUGGGCAUGAGUUUGUGACGUGGGCGGGAUGGGAACCGUUCCGAACGAAACAUUGCAAACUUGAAGUUGAGAGUGAGAAACUGCUGGUGGAGUUUGCCGUGACACGGCAGCCAGGGUCCCUUGCUGUGAGAAACAAGAAAAUAUAUUACAGUGUCGACCGUAUGGUGGGAAGGAGACGCUCUGUCGGGUAUGCAGAAGCAAAGCGUGAGUCGAUCCGUGAUGGGUGUCUCAUUGUGAGAGAAGCACUUAUAGAAGGCACGAGGGUUGUGGAAAGUGGCACGGCGCUGUCGAACCAGACUGAAGACACCAAGGACGUGAUUCGUAAGGCCGAGAAUCUGAUUGGCGGAGGACAUGAAAAUUUCGGGCGGGCCAUUUUUCUGCUCAAGGUAGCGGCACUGGAGAGGAAUGACAUUGGCGCUCUGUGCACAUGUGUGGAGCUUUUGAGGAAAGGGGGGCCGACAGGGAUGCAUGCGGGGAGGACAUCGAACUUGAGAGAAGCGGCGCAAAUGAUCAAAGUGUUCUUUCAUGCUAAGUUGCAUACAAGCUUGACAUCUACGUCAACACGCGGUGACGAUGGGUUUGAGAAGUUGUUUGAUUUGUUUGCAAAGCUAGUGAUGGAGCAGAGUUGUGAUGGAGUGAUCGUGGAUUUGUUCGUAGAUGCGCUCGAAGAUGCGAUUGAGUUUGACGUGGCCGGAAACCUUCGAAAAUUUCAUGCAUGGAUACGAAAAGCGAUUGUGUGUUCCCGGAAAUGGAAUCAGUUGGACAAGCUUGCCAAUUUUUCGGACUUGGCGGUUGGAAAUGGCGGGGAUGUGAAGUCGAGGGAGGCAAAAGGUGAUGGUGCUGGAAAGGAGGCCUUUUUCUCCGAAGGAAAGGUGACCGAGUGUGACGAUAUGACGUAUGAUCUUGUUGGCAAGGCUUUACUGGAACGCAUGAUAAGCGAAUACGCGACGUUGUCUUCAAGAGAAGGAAUUUGGAUUGUGCUGGGUACUGCCGGACAGGGGGCUCCUUGGUGUGCGAGAGAGAGACAAUAUGCGGGAAGUCAGGAUGAGAAUUCAAGCGGACACGCCAUGAAUAGCCUUGGAGUUCUUUUCCAGCUAGGGGCACGAGGGGUGGGUCGUGACGCUCCACAAGCCAAACUUCUAUACGAGACUGCGAUCGAAGAGAAUGAAAACUGUAAGGCGAUGUAUAACCUCGCUUUUUUGCUGAAACAAGGUGCCGAAGGAGUAGAGCGUGACGCAGUGCGAUCUAUGGAGCUGUAUGAGCGCGCUAUCGAGAAGGGUGAGGACGUCGAUGCAAUGGUGAACCUGGGUGUUUUGCUGAAAGAAGGUGCCGAAGGAGUAGAGCGUAACGCCGUGCGAUCUAUGGGCCUGUAUGAGCGCGCUAUCGAGAAGGGUGACGACGUCGGUGCCAUGGUGAAUCUCGGUAAUUUGCUCUCAGAAGGUGGGGAAGGAGUAGAGCGUGACGCAGUGCGAUGUAUGGAGCUGUAUGAGCGCGCAAUCGAGAAGGGUGACCACGUCGGUGCAAUGGUGAACCUGGGUGUUUUGCUCGAAGAAGGUGCCGAAGGAGUAGAGCGUGACGCAGUGCGAUGUAUGGAGCUGUAUGAGCGCGCUAUCGAGAAGGGUGAGCACGUCGGUGCCAUGGUGAAUCUCGCUAUUUUGCUCUCAGAAGGUGGGGAUGGAGUAGAGCGUGACGCAGUGCGAUCUAUGGAGCUGUAUGAGCGCGCUAUCGAGAAGGGUGAGGACGUCCGUGCCAUGGUGAAUCUCGGUAAUUUGCUGAAACAAGGAGCCGAAGGAGUAGAGCGUGACGCAGUGCGAUCUAUGGAGCUGUAUGAGCGCGCUAUCGAGAAGGGUGAGCACGUCGGUGCCAUGGUGAAUCUCGGUAAUUUGCUCUCAGAAGGUGCCGAAGGAGUAGAACGUGACGCAGUGCGAUGUAUGGAGCUGUAUGAGCGCGCUAUUGAGAAGGGUGACCACGUCGGUGCCAUGGUGAAUCUCGGUAAUUUGCUGAAACAAGGAGCCGAAGGAGUAGAGCGUGACGCAGUGCGAUGUAUGGAGCUGUAUGAGCGCGCUAUCGAGAAGGGUGACCACGUCGUGCCAAUGGUGAACUUGGGUGUUUUGCUGCAACAAGGUGCCGAAGGAGUAGAGCGUGACGCAGUGCGAUCUAUGGAGCUGUAUGAGCGCGCUAUCGAGAAGGGUGAGCACGUCGAUGCGAUGUACAACCUCGGUGUUUUGCUCUCAGAAGGUGCCAAAGGAGUAGAGCGUGACGCAGUGCGAUCUAUGGAGCUGUAUGAGCGCGCUAUUGAGAAGAGUGAGCACGUCGGUGCCAUGGUGAAUCUCGCUAUUUUGCUGCAACAAGGUGCCGAAGGAGUAGAGCGUGACGCAGUGCGAUCUAUGGAGCUGUAUGAGCGCGCUAUCGAGAAGGGUGAGCACGUCGGUGCGAUGUAUAACCUCGGUCUUUUGCUGAAACAAGGUGCCGAAGGAGUAGAGCGUGACGCAGUGCGAUCUAUGGAGCUGUAUGAGCGCGCUAUCGAGAAGGGUGACGACGUCGAUGCAAUGGUGAACCUGGGUGUUUUGCUCGAAGAAGGUGCCGAAGGAGUAGAGCGUGACGCAGUGCGAUGUAUGGAGCUGUAUGAGCGCGCUAUCGAGAAGGGUGAGCACGUCGGUGCUAUGGUGAAUCUCGCUAUUUUGCUCGAAGAAGGUGCCGAAGGAGUAGAGCGUGACGCGGUGCGCGCCGUGGCAUUGUAUGAUCGUGCAAUGGCGAAAGGAAAUUCCGGUAACGCGACUUGCUAUCUUGCGAUGACGUUAAGGGACGGGGCGGAAGGGGUGGAGCGCAAUGCGGUGCGUGCGGUGGAGCUGUUUGAGAUGGACAUCAAGGAACGGAAGCAGAGCAAGUCAAUGGUGUGUCUUGGAGACAUGUUGCGGGACGGGGCGGACGGGGUGGCCCGCGACACGGAUCGGGCGAUACAGUUGUACGAGAUGGCGGUCGAGGAAGACAACAACGCGGAGGCGGUAGCCCAACUUGCGGCGUUGCAGCGGGACAGAUCAGACAGCAGUACGCGGGACGAGGGUGAGUGAGAAGUUCUCACUCACCCUCUCCGCCUUCUCUCUGAGGAAGGCGGGGGCGGGGUGGAAGGCGAUGGCAGUGGCGCGGACAGCGUAAUGUAACAUAUUUUUGGAUAUUAUUAUUGUAUAUAUAUAGGACAACAGUAACACGUGUACAGUAGUGCAUUCGUCAUCGCCGCGAGGGCCUUCUCCUUCAGCCAGGGAGGAAGACAGGGAUAAAGGAGGACGGAGCGGGACGGAAGAGUUGCGGGCGAGUCUCCAACACCUGUAGCCACCGUCGACUCGGAGUUAAUCGAAAACACUCAGCUGUACUCUAACGGUACUCCGUUUCCAUUAAAGGCAAAGUAGCCGACUUUCCUGCCUCCCUUACCCGAA